AUGACUACAGAACCCAACAACAAGCGGAAACAAAAUAACAAAAAUUCCAACUAUAACCCCAAGCGACAACGUUAUAGUGGAAAUGGUAACUCAAAGCAUCAUGGCCCACGGCGUGGAGCUGCAGGCAGUGGCUCGUACGAAGUUCAGGCCGUAACAGGGACUGCAGGGACCUCGCGGUUACGGCGCAAGAUCCGCGACACUGAGCGGCUGCUUCGCAAUGGAAAGUUUUUGGAAAACAAUGCAGAAAAGCGGGCCGAAGUUGAGCGUGCGCUUGGGGCUCUUCGUGCUCAACUGGAGGAUGCUGAGGCGUUGCAGCGAGCUCGUGAAAUGGCAACCAAGUACCAUAAGAUUCGCUUUGUCGAGCGCAAAAAGGCUCUAAGACGUGUCGUACAAGAAGUCAAAGCGAUUGCUGCUGCUGCUACUGCUGCUGCUAAUACUAAAACAGAUGACGAAAAAAAUAACGAAAUUAAAAAUCAAGACAAGUUGCGUGCAUUAGAGGUUGAUCUGUAUUAUACCAUUGUUUUCCCACGCUCAGAAAAUUACGUGUCAUUGUAUCCUACAUCAGAUGAACCAGAGGACGCCCAGGUACGGAACAGGGUUCGUGAGACUGUUCGUCGGGAGAUUCGGAAAAUGAUGGAUGUGGAGGUUUUGCCCAGCGGGUUUGUGAUUGUGGAGGAGACUGGGGAGGAUACAAAGCCAGAAGUUUCUGAAGAUGGUAAGGAUACUAGAAACGAGGAUGAAGAGGAAAAAGAUGAAGAAGAAAAAAAGGAUGAAGAGGAUGAUGAUGAAGAAGAGAAAGAAACAGAGAAGACAAGGAAGGAAGUCAUGUCUAAGAAAAAGAAACAAACAGGCCCUCGGCCUUCUUCCCGAGCAAUUGAAUAUGCAGACGAGCUACGUCGCAAAGUUGUGGAUGAUAGCCAAGUGUUUAUUUCUCCUGAGAUUGUGAUUGCUGAACGGAAAAAGGAGGGCGUGAAGAAGGAAAAGAAAAAAGAAGAAGAAGAAGAAGAUACUAAGGAUAUCAAAGUUGAAGAAAAGGUCAACGAUGAGAAGAAGAAAAAUAAGAACAAUAAGAACAAUAAGAAUAUUAAAAAGGAAAAGAAAGAAAAGAAAGAAAAAAAUGUGAAGAAGGAAGAAACGGAUGCUGGGGAAAAAGAAAAUGAUGAGUUUUUUGAAAAACAGUGA